CGUGCCAAAACAAUUUCCACACAAAACAGGGCCAAAAUACAUGAAAGAAGAAACGAGGGAAUACCUAAGAAAGAGCUGAACACGUCUAAGGACCAUAAAGGUUAAGAGGAAAAACGUGAAAUAUACUGCCAAAGUGAAAUGAAAUUUCAAGGCAAAAGUGGUCUAGUCCAAGCAAGUUCCCAACUUUCGUUUUAUUUUUCUAGGGAGGAAGAUAUUUACAUGACAUCUUGAAGCCGUCCCCUUUUGUAAGGAAUCAAAUCAAUACGAACAAACACUGAUGAAACAUUGUAGAAGUGGAAAUCCACGUCACCCCACUAUAGAAAGGAAAUAAUGAGAAAGGACAAAUGUUUACCACAACACCCUACUUGGUGGGAUGCGUUCUCUUUCUUCUCACAAAAGUGAUUGUGUCUUGCUUACUGAUGCCGAGGGAAUUGAACACAUAAUUGCUGAGUUAAUGGCUUGACUUGAGUUAUAAGUAAUUGCAUUAAUACUUACCUGCGUAGCUUCCUGGAACCUCUAUCCGUGCUGAUUUUUCUUUUCUUUCUAAUCAUUCUAGUUCCACAAUCCCGUGCUCAGAGAAGAUAUCUUGAAACCACUUUCCAAUGGCAUCGAGCAGCCAAAGGGCCUUCGCUUCAGCUACUGCAGUUUGUCCAUGGAAAUACGAAGUGUUUUUGAGUUUCAGGGGUGAAGACACUCGCAGGGGUUUUACAGACUAUUUAUACAAACAGUUGGACUGGCGAGGAAUUAGAACUUUCAGGGAUGAUCCAGAUCUUCAAAGAGGGGCAGAUAUCAAUCCGGAGCUUCUGACCGCGAUUGAACAAUCAAGUCCAUGAAAGAGAAGGAGAGAAUUUUCCCAAUUUUUUAUGACGUGGAUCCCUCUGAUGUACGACAUCAACGGGGGAGUUUUGGGGCAGCCCUCGUUAACCAUGAAAGGAAUUGUGGGGAAGACAGAGAGGAGGUGCUUGAGUGGAGAAAUGCUUUAGAAAAAGUUGCUAAUCUCGCUGGCUGGAAUCUAAAGGGUUACAGGUAUGAAACAGAGCUUAUCACAGAAAUUGUUGAUGCAGUGUGGGAUAAAGUGCAUCCCUCAUUUUCAUUGUUAGAUUCCUCAGACAUAUUAGUCGGACAUGAUACUAAACUAAAGGAAAUAGAUCUGCAUUUAGAUACAAGCGCAAAUGAUGUGCGCUUUGUGGGGAUAUGGGGGAUGGGCGGAAUGGGUAAGACAACCCUAGCUAGAUUAGUUUAUGAGAGAAUUUCUCAUAGUUUUGAAGGUAGCAGCUUUCUUGCAAAUGUCAGAGAGGUUUAUGAAAAACAUGGUCUAGUUCCUUUACAGAAACAGCUUCUUUCCAAUAUCUUGAGGAAAGAAAAUAUACAAUUUUAUGAUGCUUAUGAUGGAUUUACUAUGAUAAAGAGGUGUCUAUGUAAUAAAAAGGUUCUUCUCAUUCUUGAUGAUGUAGAUCAAUCAGACCAACUGGAAAUGGUGAUCAGAGAAAAAAACUGCUUUGGUUCGGGAAGUAGAAUCAUCAUUACAACUAGAGAUGAACGCUUGUUAGUCGAACAUGGGAUAGAGAAGGUAUAUGAGGUCAUGCCAUUAACCGAGGAUGAAGCUCUUUAUCUCUUUAGUAGGAAGGCCUUUAAAAAAGAUAACCUUGAAGAAGAUUAUCUAGAACUGUCUAAAAAAUUCAUAAACUAUGCAGGAGGUCUUCCAUUAGCUCUUGAAACUUUGGGGUCUUCUUUGUACAAAAGAAGUCGAGAUGAAUGGAAGA